AUGGUGCGCGGGAAGCCUAGCUCCAACGUGGUGACCGCGUGCCGGGCGCCGCGACGAGACGAGACGGGUUACAGCGCUCGGGCUGGGGCGCGCUGGCGGCGUGUGGAGCGUGGCGACGCAGCUGGGUCCGCACUGCACCGCGGUCGCGCGCAGACUGGCGGGGCGCAGGCGGGCGGGCCGGCGCGGCCGCGGCCGCGACCUGACCCCUCCCCCUCCCGGCGGCCGCGCCCCCCACCACGCGACCCGGCUGGCCCGGGGCCCCGCCCCCUGGCACCGCGGGCGCGCCACGCCAGAGGUCGCCGCCGCGCCAAUGGCAGGUGGCGGCCCGCGGUGGGCCGGGCCAGCCGCCCGCGGCGCGCGGCACGCGCCUCGCGCCUCACGACCUGCCAUCGCUCCGGCGCGCCACUGGCGCCGCGGCGCCCGCCGACGCACGUCGACGCCGCGGCGCUGCCGUCGCCGGCGCAAGCGCCGCGCCCGCCGCCAUUGCCGCUCUCUCCUCCGAGUGGGGAAAAAUUGCGUUGCCACGUCAAAUGUCGCUUCCGUACGUCGAUCGUAAUGACAGAGUGA